GAGAUAUGACGUCAUAAGGCGGCGGCGCGCUCCUGCAACUGUUGGGGUUCGGCUGAAGAAAGGAUAAACACACGGAAAAACUCCUGGUGGAGCGACUGAGAACCACAUGACACUAUUAUAAAGAUGGCGUUUAUUAAAGAGGAGAAUGAAGACAUAAUGAUCCCGAUUAUUAAAGAGGAGAGUGAAGACAUAAAGAUUGAAGAAACAUUCAGAGAGAAACAAGAAGAAACUGAGGAACAAACAGACCUGACGGCACUGAAAGAGGAGAGUGAAGUACUGAAUGAAAUGGAAGAGAAAGAUCUAUAUAAGAAUCAUCAUGAUUUCAUAACUGGAGAAAAAUCUUUUAGUUGCUCACAGCCUGAAAAGACUUCCUCAAGAAAAAGAGCUCAAAAGGCAAGGACUAGAGGUAACUUAAUCUGCAAACAGUGUGGAAAAAGUUUUAAUAGAAGAGGAAACCUUAAAGCCCACAUGAGAAUUCAUACUGGAGAGAAACCCUACAUGUGCCUUCAGUGUGGAAAGAGUUUCAGUCAAAAAGGAAACUUUAAUGCCCACAUGAGAAUUCACAAGCCUUUCACAUGCUCUCAGUGUGGAAAGACUUUUGAAAAAUAUGGAAAACUUCAAGUCCACAUGGGAAUUCAUAAUGGAGAGAAACGCUACACAUGCCCUCAGUGUGGAAAGAGUUUCAAUCAAUUAGGACACUUUGAAGACCACAUAAGAAUUCACAUUGGAGUGAAGCCUUUCACCUGCAAACAAUGUGGGAAAAGUUUCAACCAUAAAAGAAACCUAGACAGGCACACAAGAACUCACACUAGAGAGAAGCUUUAUACAUACACUCAGUGUGGAAAGACUAUCGUUCAAGACGGGAACCUUAAUGUCCACAAGAGAGUUUACACUGGAGAGAGCAUUUUUACCUGCCAACAGUGUGGAAAUGGAUUCACUCACAAAGGAAGCCUUAAUAGACACAUGAGAAUUCACAAUGGAGAGAGUCCUUUCACCUGCCAACAGUGUGGAAAUGGAUUCAAUCAAAAAGGAAGCCUUACCAGACACAUGAGAACUCACACUGGAGAGAAACCUUACAGAUGCUCUCAGUGUGGAAAGAGUUUUAAUCAAAAAGGACACCUUAAACUCCACUUGAGAGUUCACACUGGAGAAAAACCUUACAUGUGCUUUCAGUGUGGAAAGAGUUUUAAUCAAAUAGGACACUUUGAAGACCACAAAAGAAUUCACACUGGAGAGAAGCCUUUCACCUGCAAACAAUGUGGGAAAAGUUUCAACCAAAAAGGAAUCCUUACCCGACACAUGAGAGUUCACACUGGAGAGAAGCUAUUUAAGUGUUGUCACUGUGGAAAGGCUUUCAAACAUAAAGAAACACUUGAUUACCAUGAGGAUUCAUGUAUGAGAGAACUGUUUAAUGUCAUCAGUGUGGAAUGAGUUUCACUGACAGGAAUUACCUUAGGAAUCAUGUAAUAACUCAUACCAGAGAAAAGCCUGUCAUGUGCAAUCACUGAGGAAAGAAUUGCAGAAAUAAAGCAAAUCUUGAGGUUCACAUA